AUGGUAGAUUUAGCAAACAUAUCAUGUCCUGAGACGGUAGCCUUCUUUUAUGGUUCAAAGUACAUAUUCAAAUGUAACGUGGCAGAUUGGUUUAGUUCUGAGGGUAACUGCAAUUUCCGUGGUGGAAAUUUAAUUUCUAUUGAAACUGGUGACGAAUACGCUUUUGUAGUAGAAGUUGUUGCAUUGAUGUUGAAACACAUAGAGAGAAUAAUUUAUCCAUAUUUUUGGAUUGGAGGACGACCACUUAACUACAGUGACUGGUACCAAGGAUCAACACAGCCACCAGAUAUGCCAAAUAUGCCAGUCACAGGCUGUACUUUGCUGAAUCUGUUGUCUUCUCCAACAUGGAAUUACCACCCUUGUAGUGCACUAUCAAGGUCAGUUUGUGAAAUUCGGACUGGUGACCAGAGCAACACAACCCACAUCACACUGGUUGAUGAUCUCAUGUACCCAGGACUGGUGACCAGAGUAACACAACCCACACCACACUGGUUGAUGAUAUCAUGUACCCAUGACUGGUGA